UGUAUCAAGAAGGCUAUGUGAAAUAAUAUGUUGGCUAGGCCAAGAUGGCGGAUAUAGUGUGUUUUCAUCCUUUUUGUCGAUGGAGUAUAUCAGACCAUUAAGAUUAUGCCGGAUUGUUUUAACCCCCCAGAGUGUGAAGAGAACCGCCAGCUGCGGGUCCAGCGCCGAGUGGAGCCGUGGAACUCCUCGGUGCGGGUUACCUUCACCUUGCCCAGGGAGGCGGCCGUCCGGCUCCGCCAGCUGGCUCAGGUGGGCGAUGCAGCGCUCAGAGAAUUAGGAAUAUUAUCCGUGCAGCUGGAUGGCGAUCAGGUCAUUUCCUUGACGAUCGCCGGUCGAUAUGAAACUCAAGAGAUUGUUUUCCGGACCGAGCCAGCAGCAGCAGCAGCAGCCACAAAUGCAUCAGCUGCUUCUGCAGUCAACGGAGCUGGAGGAAACAGUGUUUCGCCUUUAACCGGGCAACCAGUGGUGUCGACGACGACUUCCUCCUCAGCGAGUGUAACAGAAUUAUUGGCGCAAGUCACCUCUACCGGAGCCGUUGUCUCCAACGGCCUAGUGACUCCUUCUCAGGGUAGUGCUGCCUGUGCCAGUGUCCCCUUGCCGACUGACGUGAAUGUCGGCAAUAACAGCAACUUCCAGCAGCCAGUGGCCGCUGCUAUCGUGUCCUCCUCGAACUCGUCAACAGGAGCGUUCCGCAGUCCCAAUGUGGUUGCACCAGGCAGUCAGCCGAUCCCUUAUUUGCAACAACAUCAGAGACCUGUUUCAGGAGGAGGAGGAGCCAGUGCGGUGGUGCAAUCCAAUGCCGGACAACUCAACAUCAAUCCCAAUGCGGCCAUCGGUCAUCAUCCGAGCAGUGGAAUCGGAAGUGGUGGUGGUGGUAUUGUUGGUGGGAGUGUUGUGGGGCCCCGUGCCCAGCCAGUCUAUGCGGGCCCCUACCCAUUCGCCAGUAUGACCCAUGCCGCUCAAUCAAUGCUUGGUCAGACCGGCCAGCCGUCCUCCUCCUUCUCUUCUACGUCAUCGUCAUCAUCCACUUCUACUUCUUGUUCUCCUUCUAGCGCCAUCACCACCAUGUCUCAAACAAUACCCAGAACGGGACGGCCUCCUACGACAAUGACGGCCAAUACAAUCAACCAUUCGGCUGUAACGUCUGGCCCGCCUCCUCCAACACUUACAGCUUCGUCUUCUUCAUCGUCGUCACCUUCUCCGCUACAAGUUCUGUCAAGUGCCUUGCACCCCGUCACUAUGAAAUCCGCCGAACCCUUUGCCGCUCCUGCUGCUGUUGUUUUCUCUUCGCCCACUACUAUGCAAGUCGGAGGAAUCAAUGCACUUUCGUCUGCCCAGCACUUCCAGUCGAAUCCACAACAACAGCCGUUCCCUAGCAGCAGCAGCAGCAGCACGUCUUCACCUACAUCUAAUCCGACUGUUGUUAGGACAACAACGGUGGCAAUGAACCAGCAAAUACCAUCGUCAGUUCCUUCUGGCUCGUCAAAUGUCAAUUUCCAAUCGGUUCCCAUCACGACGGUAUCGAGUCCGCUUUUAGUCAACCUUUUGCAGCAGCAACAACAACAACAGUUGCAGCAACAGCAACAACAACAGCAGCAGCAGCAGCCGCCGCCGCCGCCGCCGCCGCCCAGGAACACUAUGUCAAAUAGAAGUGGGUCACCCGGUACAGUAGGAAUAGCUAACAGCACCACUUCGGUGAGUUCAAGUGAUUCGGUGAUGGAAUCCAAUCCAGGAGAAGCAUUGGAAAAGGUCAGACAACAAAAGCAACUCCAGCUGGUGACAGGAGGGGGCGGUCGUCCGGUAAGCCGCACGCACAACUCGCCACUUUCAUCAUCUCCAGCGGCCUCACCUUACCACGUCUCAUCUUCUUCUCCCAAUUCCCCGGCCGGAACCGGAGCGUCGGCGGUGGUGGCCAACUCUGCCGCCGUCAACACCGUCGCUUCAGUGGAAACCAACCUAACUCUGGCCGCCUCAGUCACGGUGCUUAAUGUUCGGACAGGUGCACCACUCAACGCCCACACAGCACUCAGCAGCUUGACCCCAGCGAUUGCUCCUUCAACAAAUCCUUCGGCGGUUGUUGCCACCCCUGCUCCGGUUGUCGUCCCAGUUUCUCUACCGUCGUCGACUCCCAUGGAAACAGGAGAAGCCCACCAGACGGAAAGAUUGAACCAACCUAUCGUCGCCCAGCAGCAGCAACAACAGCCGGUGGUGGUCCGUCCGUCUGGAGUUGCUCCUACGGUUGCUGGAGUUCGAAUGCCCACAAUGACCCGAGCUCCCGGGCCUGGAUCUCUCGGCGUCAAUCGCCAUUUGGCGCCAACGACGACCACAGCAACGACGACAACAGCAGCAGCAGCAAUUCCUCCAACAUCAACAACACCACCUGGCAUUGUUGCUGGUUGUCCUGCCAAUGCUGUUUCUGCCUCUUCGUCUUUAUCCUCUUCAAUCCGGUCGCUGCCACCAUCCGCUGUCCCCCCGCCACCUUAUCCCGGCCUCAGGCCCAAUCUUCACCAUGUGGUCAAUCACAACAAUCGACUGCCGGUCAUUCCUGGUGGAGCCACCGUCACUGCUGUACCUGCUACCGUUGCCGCGUCCAUUUCCUCAUCGUCCGUGACUUCGUCUAAUGUGAGUGCCAACCUGCUCGAUGGAAUGGUGUGUGUCAACGACACAUACAUGUUGCCUGGAAGGAACAAUCUGUCUAUCACUGUCGUCAGCGAUCCUCAAAGGAACGCUUCUACCACCAUUCAGCGUGUUGGCGGAACAACUCCGACUCCACCGCAAGCAAUUACGGGGACUCCCUCUGCACCAGGAGUCGCAACCAACAACUCCAAUCCGACAGCCAUCACCAUUUCGAGGACGGCUUCUGAAAUGGAGAAGCAAAAGCAAUUACUUAUCAAUCCACUCACGGGCCAUUUAGAGCCGAGUCCUAGCGAAAGCUCCGACAGUGAGGUGGAGGUGACCAAAGAUUUGGAAAUGUCGCUGGAAAAUUCUUUGUUGAUGCAGUCGCUACUGGAUCCCACAUCCCCCACCUUCCUCGAUCGGCCUCUACCUGAUUGCCUUUUCAGUGACGAUGACACGGAGAAAUUGUCGACGGCCAACGACAAACCGGAGCCGUGCGAGCUGUCGUCCAAACCCAAUCGUACAACAACAGCAACAAUAACUAACCAACCGAUUGUGGCAGCCGCUGUCUGCAAGGAGCAAUCCUUAUCGGGAACCAAAGAAACGGGCGAGGGCAUUAAAUUGCGGUUGAAAUUAGAAAAGAGUGAAUCCAAUUACGUUGCCUUUGUCAAUUUGCCGGCACUGAAAUCCUCGUCGAGUUUGGAUCCUGCAGCCAUCGCACCAACUUCUCUUUCCAACAGCGGUGGGAACAGUCCAGCCACUGAGCCAAAAGUACCGCCUCUUCACAUUUCCCUCAAAGGUCGCAAUUUGGCCGUUUUGAACAGUCCGAAGAAGGACAUCAAAAGGAAAAAGUCGAGGAGUCGACACGAAUCAGCCGAAGAGGAUGAAUUAUUCCACAGAGGUGAAAAGAAGAGCGUCAAGCGAAAGCGGUCGCAACAACUAACGCCCAGUUAUGCGGAUGGAAGCGACGAGAGAGGAGACGAACAGCAGGAGGAUCCCCGCUCCGUCGAAGAUAUCGAAUCCGAUUCCAAGCCCAAAGUGAAAACGAAAAUGGAAGUGGACCCUGAAUCCAUCCCCAUCGUCGUGUGUGAACCUGCUCCGCCAUCCGAUUUGUCGAGUCUGGACAAAAUGAUGGACCCCAAGUUGUUUUUGGUCAAUAACCACAAGGUGUUGUUGGAGGAGGACAACGAAUCCAUGGACAUGACGGAGAAUGUCGCCGGAACACCAGUGAAAUCAGAGGAGGAUCGAGUCAAAUCGGAGGAGACGACGGUUGCCGUCGAGUCGGAUGCUCUGGAAUCGUGUGGGGAAGGAGGAGCCAACACCUUAGUGGACACUCUUAGUGCAAUAGUGAAUCACGUAACAACAGAUGGUGAUGAAGUGGUCAUGUCAGACAACUCGCGGACAGAACAGAAAGUGUGUCCCGAUGAUUUGGACGUUGAAAUGACGCCAUCGGGCGAGGAUGUGACUAUGAAGCCAGUGCCAUCAUCACCUGUCGUUCCCGAACUCGUCUUCACCUCGACUUCUUCCAUUCUUAGUUCAAAUAGUCUAACCGUCCACCAAGUGACCGAUCCCAGUUCGCCAUCGUCUCCACCUCUCGACUUACCCGUGGCCAGUCCGACCGUCCAGCAGUCCCAACAACUACCAGAGCCGCAACAACAGCUAACCGCUUUACUACCUGAAGAGAACGACGAGCCCGUUGCAUCCAUCAUUCCGGUAAGCGAGGAAAAGGCGCAACGAACAGAACAGGCGCUGAUGUCAUCCAUAGUCAAACCCAAGUGCGAAGUGGAAGAUGCAAUUAACGACGUCAAGCGGGAUGACUUUUUUACUGAACCAGUGGAUCAAGAAGGUUUAAGUGCUCGUCUGAUUAAGAACGAAUUAGAGGCGACGAUUUUGCGGACGAAAAUUAGCUCCAACGACCUGCACAAACUGAGCUUAUUGAACAAUGUCCACAGGAAGAGCAAUGCAAUGGUCCCGUCGGAACAACAAUCGGUGCUUAUUGCCAACAUGAGUACGACUGCGACGACUAUCAAAACUGAAGUGGCACUAGUUGAAGGAAUUCCGUCUCCUGACGUGACAGCAACUGACGUAGGAUCGCUGGAAAAGACGAGCGGCGAAAUCAUUCCCAGGGAAGUAAUCAUAGAUUCUCCAACGGCCAAAAAUGAAGUCGUCGUUAUGGUGGCCACUUCGGAGAACCGGAAUAACGGGGGAGGUGAAGAUACUGGUAACACUCAAGGAGAGGAUUCUGGUAUCGAGUCGUUGGAUGCCUUGUCCGAGAAGAGUCCCAAUCAAGGGGAGAGUCCUCCGCGAAGGGAAGACAAAGAUUAUUCCUCAUCCAAUUCAACUGAGCAGCGGCAAGUUUGCCAGCCCUCACCGUUGGCUUCCAUUCAGGCUAAGCCAGCUUCACCACUACCUCCUCCGUCCGCGGUCGAGUCCGCUAAAGCAAUCAGUCCGCUUCCAGCUACGACAACACCACAGACAAAUCUAAUCUCAGACGUAAGCGAAACACCGGCUGCGUUUGCCGGUUCGAUCGAGGUCGAACAACAACAACAAGAGGAACCUGCCGCCCGCUCUCCUCAUCCGGUAGAAUCUAUGACUAUCCACCCGUCUCCCUCGGCGGAAGUCACCACCACACCAAAGUCUCCCCAGUUAUCAUCUUGCCGAGAGGAAACAGAAGAGCCGACAGCAGUUUCUUCUUGUUCUUCACCUUCACGUCUCUCUCAAGUGGAGGAUUCGUCUUUACGAGCCCUGAUUUCAUCACCACUACCACCACCUUCAUCCGAUACUAGCGCAACUGAUUCGACUGAAGUAAUUCCAGUCAGCGACGCGAAGCUCCCAUCGGAUCCAGUCAUUGCAACAUCACCCCCGCAAGUUCCUACGACGAACGUCUGUUCCAGUCCUCCUCAUUCUCCCCUUUCUACACGACCUACAUCUCCGGCAUCGCUUGCAGUUUCUGCUGAAGAUCAUCCGACUUCACUUUUGAAGGAAUGCACACCAUCGCACACUGCGGAUGAUUGCUUAAAGAAAGAAAUAUCCAGCUGUUCGCCUGCCAUUUCUUCUCCGUUACCCACUCCGCCGUCGAGUGAAAUGACCGAGAGCGAUUUACCACCAUCCGCUCCGCUUCUCUCCAAUAAGACGGAAGAGGUGUUGUCGAUCCCAGUAACGGACGACAGCAUUGAAACGGAAUCGGCGACGAUGAAAGCUAACGUUUCUGUUGGAGAAGAGAAAGAAGAAUCGUUAGCCACCAGCAGUCCAGUCGAAGAUGAGAAACCAGUGAAUACGGACGAGGCGGUUGAAUCUACGGAGAAAACAGAGGAUGAAAAACGACCCAUUCCCAGUGAAGUCAUUGCGGUGGCAGUGACGAAACCCAAAAGCCCUGUUGUCCAAGAGGAAGAAAAAUUAUCUUUGAAUAAUUCCUCUUCGAUACCAUCGCCAGAACAACUGAAGGCUUCGUCGGUUUCCAAGGCGAUUCAUUUGCCACCAACCGUUGAAAAAUUAGAAGAAAACUGUUCUUCCAAUUCCAACUCGUCGCCAUCGCCGGAAUCUCUGAGUAAUUCGAGCUCGUCGUCAGCCAGUAGUCCGGUCAGCAUAGAGCCCAAGAUGACGGUCACCUCUAAAGAGGAGGAAUCGCCUUCGUCAUCCACCGUAAACGUCGUCGUCGUAGAGGCGAGCACCUCAGGAUCUCAACAACCAAAAAUUGGCAUCAUCGCCAACUGCCAUGCCGAAAAACGAGCGACAGAACAGCAGCAACCAGCCGAAUCGCCCAAAGCUCCUCCACCUCCGACGAGCUAUGUCCUGUUUUCGUCCAACAGUGGCACGGGUGGAGUUGGAACCAACUCGAUCGCUUUGUCGUCCAAGUCGAUGGUGACGAUCGCCUCGUCUGGGGCUGGCGGAACAAAUCGGAUAAGUUCGACUUCGGGUCUCUUUGCCAUGACAUCCGGGUCUAAAAUGGUCCCCAUCAGGUUGGUGACGAUACCUAAAGGAAUGGAUCUUUCAUCAGCUACGUCACGAUCCGGUCCCGGCCAAGGCGGUCCUGUCAAAAUUCUCGUCUCAAAAGUGUCGCCUGGCAAAGUUCAUGGAACACCCGUGUCGGCGGUGAUGAUGAAAUCCAUUGUUCCUGCAGCUCCUACGAUCGCCCUGUCUACCUCCUCCUCCACCGUGUCGUUGACUGGAGGGGUCACAACCAUAACAACUCUUCCAGCAACAGCAGCAGCAGCAUUUGCCACAGCAGUCUCAUCCAUUCCAGUUUCCUCAUCAGCUCCUCCUGCACGAGCCCUUUCAAUAACAACGUCUACUCCCUCUCAACUGGUCACGACUGUGGCUGUGGAACUGGUGAAGAAAGAAGCCAAAGAACCUCCUCCUCCAACAACCAUUCGUAUGCCACCAGCACUGCCAACACCCUUAGCAGAAGUAGAAGCAAUAACAACUCCAGUAAAAGAUAAGGAAGAAGAGAAAGCGUCUGCCAGCAGGAACGAGAAGGAGACGACGGCGAACAACAGUGUCAGCAAAGAUCAGAUGGACUCUGCUACGCCCGUCGACGGAGAAGAGGAACGUGGCCAAUCUCAGCCGCAGUCGCCAUUUCAUGGCUUCCCGUCAUUGAAUGCCACUCCGGAAGAAUUGAUGAACGAUAGCGCCAGCACUAGCAGCAGCUUAGGCUCAGAGUCUGGCCGCUCGGAUACAGGAACAUCUCAUCAUUCUGAACUCAAAAAUGAAGAGGACCUCGAGGACGACGACACGGUUGGAUCGGAAGGAUCGAUUCCUGCCAGUCCAGCACCCGCCCUUCAACCCGUACCUUUUCACGAGCAUCCCGUAACGGAUGCUUUGACGAUUGAAAUUCCACCCAACGCUCCUGAAACGAUGACGAGGAGCACUCGUUCGGGAACUAGGAUCAUCAGUCCGGAGAUUAGACGCAGCAGUCCACGGCAGCAAAGUCCGGCAGAAGAAAAUAAGCAGGUCGCCAGCAUUUCAUCAACAACGGCGACAGCCGUGGCUCGUAAGAGCUCGCGAAGGAAGCGCAACGAUUCGGGUUCUAGUUGCACUUCCGAUCCGCCGAGUAGUGGCGAUAGGCAAACACCGACGACAAUGGAUCAAGCCGAUGGAUCGGCUAAUCUUUCGACAAGACCUAACAAGCGAAAAUGUUCAGAAAAUGCCAGCGAAAUGAUCAAGUUGUGCAUGGGACUUGAAGAUACUCCGCGUAAAGCGGUGAGCAGCAACAACGACAGCAGCGCCCCUCUGACGGCCAGAAAACAACAGCGACAGGGAAGCAUCGAUGAUCCCGCCUCUAUUCUCUUGAAGAGACAUGAUAACUCGGACGAUGAUGCAUUGACGGACCUUCCAAACAAAAUACCUCGACCCAACAGGGUCGCUAUCCGCAAUUCAAAGAAGAACUCUGUCAAAGUAAUGUUGAAAGAAACGGCCUCUCCGAUCACAAACAACUUCCCUAGAUCAACAACGCCUCCGACAAUGUCAACGACCAGACGUUCGGGUCGACACGUCGGUGGUGUGGCACUUCGAGGGUCUUCAACGGCCAUUGAAAACAACGGAACCGUCCGAAGAAAAACGAGGAGUAGCGCCGCAUUAGCUGCGCCUGAAUCGGACGUCGAAAUGGACGGACCACUGGCAACGGUGGAACAGACGACGACGACGAUCACCACGACGACUACAACUACUGGAACGGGAACAACUAAUACAAUAUUGACUCCUGAUCUUCCGGCCUCUGAAUCCGCAGCUGCUGCUACAGCGGCAGCCAUUUUAGCUCCUCAGCCUGGUCCAGCCGCCGUCCUGAGUGGACCGUGCUCUGCCACAACUGCUGGACCGUUGACUUCGGUCAACAACAAACGGCGUAGAGUGUCACGAGAUAGCCGGUGAUGAAUACACACGGUGGGCAGGAGGGAAGACUUAGACAAUUUGUGUACGCGUGUGUGUGCGCGCCUGCCUGCCCGCCCGCCCGCUUUUGUAUAUUCAUUGUACAUAAAGAAGUUACUUCACAGACCAGAAAACAAGUUGCGGAAUAGGAAAGCUUCCCAACAGCACCACACCACCCAUCACCCCCUCCCCCCUCGCCCGCCAAUCCCCCUAUAAUAACGGAAUGAUCCAUUUGAAAUUAUUACUAAAAAACAAAAACAAAAAAAAAAAACACAAAAAAACCAAACAAAAAAUGUAUGGGAACGGUUUCGAUGAUGAAGCCGAUGAAUUGUUGAAAAAUUUGAAAGAAACUUGUUUUCUCACUUUUUAUGUUGAACUCCACCUGCCGUUGCCUUUUUUACGAUUUUUUUCUGAAAUAAUAAUUGAUCUUUUUUUACAACAAGAAUUCAAAUAGAAGCCACAACCCAGGGGGGAGGGGGGAAAAGCCUGAACAAUCCGUGCAAACUUAGUCAAACGACGAGAGCAUAUGUUUUGUUUAGCGAGAAAAGAAAAAAUCGCAAAAAAAAGUUGGGCUGCUGUCCCGACCCCCAUUUAUGCAGAGGGAAGUGUGUCUGUGUGUGUUUGUCUAUACAUAUAACUAAAUACCCGUCAUCUCAGCCGUUUGUGUGUGUGUGUAUGCUUCUGCGCGUUUCAAUGGAUCAAGUUCAAAAAGUGUGCGUCGUUGUUGACAUUUUGGUGGAUCGUGCAAUUCUAUUGGACAAAAGUGAAAUCAAGUGAAAUUUUUUAAUCCUCUUCGAACCAGCCGUUUCGUCGUUUAUCUCCCACUCCACCCCCUGUCGAUUUUUACACACACUCUUUAUUCACUUUUUUUUUAAAGAAAAAUUAUUGUCUGAAAAAUUCGUUUGAUUUUUUUAAAUCUGUUCCCUUCCCUCCGCCACACAUUUUUUUGGUGAAUAGAAAUCGUUCAAAAACUGCGUGCGGGAUCCAUAAUCACACAUGAAAAGUGAAAACAUUCAAUUCGAAACUACCUACACUUUGUUUGUUGUGACAUACUCUUUGACUUUCUUCUCGGAAAAAUUUCUCAGUAAAAAGAAGAAAAAUGACCUUAUUUCGUUGAUAAAUCUUUUCUUUAUUUUACUGAC